CGUUUCAUUUCUGUUGUGCUUUCCCUACUAGGGAUUGCAUUCUCUGGCUACAGUCUGAUCAUAUCUGCUUUGAGCUUAGUGCAAGGCCCAUACUGCAAAACCUCAGCUGGCUGGGAAUAUGCCUUCAAAAGCACGGCAGGCAGUUACCUCAUGGAUCCUACUUCCUGGUCCAAAUGCACUGAGCCUGCUUAUGUAGUGGAUUGGAACAUCAUUUUGUUGUCUAUUCUGAUAGUUCUCAGUGGCCUCCAAAUCUUGAUCUGCCUUCUGAAAAUAAUUGCAGAAUUAAGGCAAAUCCUGUGUGGAAAUUAUCCCAUCUUUGUUCAGCCUGCACUGAUCUAACAACCUUGGGGAAUGACUCCACCAUGACUCCAUCAUAUCUCUGAGCAUGCAUUUUGAUAUUAACUUUUAAAGCAGGUCUUCUGUUUCUGUGGGAACACAAGAAGAACUGCCAAUGUUUCCCCAACAUAUUAUUUAUGUUGCUUCAGCUAAAGUGUACAGUUUUUGGAUAGACUGUUUUUUCUUGUUGCCUGUUUGCAUACCUUUUCCCUUUCUUGCAUUUGUUCGGUAUCUAUAUUGUGAGGCUCUUGAAAAAUGAAGAUUUUUUUGUGUGUUUGCAUAAUAUAAAGCACUUACCAUCAAUACCACAUGAAUAAAUAUUUAGUUCAAUAAGUUAUUGUGAACAAAAACAUUCUUAGUAAAGAGAUAAACUUA